GUCGGAGCAUUUGAAAAGCCCAUUAACACAAAAUCCCCAAAACACAAAAUCCGAUUAGGGCUAAUUCAUUAUUCAAAUAUCAAAUUUCACGAGCUUCUACCAGAGAACGAAUCCUUUGUUGAGAUUCCAGUAAGCAAGAAAAAAAAUGGAGGGAGGAGACGAUGGAGUUGAGAGAUUGGAGGACUCGAAAGAUCUGCAACAGCAGAGCAAAGCUCUCGACAAACUCACUGACCGAGUCGAGGAUCGUCAGCUCGACUCAACCCGAGUUCAGGAGGCUAUGGCUUCGAUUUCUGCGUCAAAAGAAGCUGAUAUUCAAGCUGCCAGAUUGAGGGAGAAAGAAUUGGCAGCUGUUAAGAUUAAUGCAGCCGACAUUGAUAUCAUUGCAAGUGAACUAGAGCUGGACAAGAAGGUGGCUGAAAGAACAUUGCGCGAACACAAAGGUGAUGCUGUUGCUGCCAUUAGAUCCUUGCUCUACUAAAUACGUAUUUAAUGCUGUAAGCUCUGCUUCUGCAAAUUCUCGGUUUUUUUUUUUUUACUAACUGUUAAAUCCUAAAUACGUAUUGAUUCGUCCUUUAUCUUGAGUUACCUUCUCAUUUAUUACUUGUUGAAAAUGUUACACCAUACAUCUUGUGUAUGUAUAAGAUUUGGACGAAA